AUGUCAUCUCUUGCUGCCGCGAAGGCAGACAAUUUUUAUUACCCACCCGACUUCGAUCCUAAGAAGCACCAAACACUCAACAAGUACAAUGGGCAACACCCUCUGCGUGAACGGGCGGCUAAGUUGGAUCAGGGCAUACUUGUCAUCAGAUUCGAGAUCCCUUUCAAUAUAUGGUGCGACAAAUGCGGCGAGCAUAUCGCCAAAGGCGAGAGGUUCAAUGCGGAGAAAAAGGCGAUCGGGCAAUACUACUCGACCAAGAUUUUGCAGUUCACCAUGACCCAUCACUGCGGCUGCAAGAUCACCAUCCAGACAGAUCCCAAGCGAGCGGAGUACCUGGUCGUUGAGGGAGCCCGCAAGAAGCUUCCCUUCACACUGCUGAUCCUGUUGUUCCUACCCUUGCUGUUGCUACUGCAACUGCUGCUGCCACUGGUGCUGGUGGAGAAGGAGGAGAGCUACAGCGCCGCGGACGCCGAGGUCAUCGAGCUGCCGGACGAGGGCGAGCGAGAGCGACGUGAGCGGGAUCCCCUCUACCGCCUGGAGUACCAGCAGGGGGCCAAGGUGAAGGCUCUGACAGGGGCAGAGCGCCUGGCUGCCAUACACGACGUCGUGGAUGCCCGAACCGCUGAUCCAUAUAGCCUGAACCGCACUCUGCGAGCAGCGCUGCGAGGUGAAAAACGUGCUGCAGCAGCACUGGACACGCGGCGCGCGGAGCUGGGUCUGCCGGAUUCGGUGCCCCUGCUGGCGCCCUCGGAUGGCGACACGCUCGCGGCGCAGGUGGCCUUCCUGACGAGUUCAGCGCGCGCAGUAGCGAGCGCGGAGGCCCGUCGCAAGCGGAUCCUGGAGCAGGACAUCUUCACAUCGUCAUCCUCAUUCCGCGCGGCGGCACCUGGCGCGGCGGGCUCGGCUGUGGUUGUCGAUGCGGCGUCCGAAAAGCGGCACCCGGCUCCCGCGCAUCCACCACCAUCCAAGCGCCCGGCACUGAGCACGGCGCCGGCGCCGGCGGCCCCUAAAGUUCGUGUGGCGGUAACGCAGCUGGCUGCGGCGUCCGGCGACCGGCAAGCUACUCGAGCGGAAUUGGGAGCCGAAGUCCCGGCCACGCGAUAUCAGCAAGACCGUGAAGCAGCAGCGCAGGAAGGACAGCCGGAACCGUUAGAGGAGGAUCAAGUCGCUGCACAGAAGACCCGAGGGGCCCUGACCGGAUCUUCUUGCAUGGCCAGGGCUGUGGACGGUGCUGCGCCCCCGGGAUGUAGGGACGAGGAACAGCAAAGAAGAGACAGCAAUCGUGCUGACGUGGCGGCUGGGUUACCCAAGCGGUCUCUGAAGGACCGGGCGGCGGAGCUGCAGAAGAGGCGCCAGUGCCUAGGGGGCGUGGGCCUGACCCUCAAUAGGCAGGAGCUAUAGGGUGAUUUGGGAAAUGCUCACACCCCGUGCGGUCGCAUCCGUUAUCGCGGCGGUGAUUGUCCUUAUAAAUGUUGCCUGCUGGGUGGCCGGGGUGUGUCCUCUAUGGGGGGUUCAUUUCCCGGAAAUAGGUAGUUAGCGCGUGUCAGUGGGGUCCCUCGGGGGGAAGGUGUUGGCUCAUUGGCUCAUGCAGUGUAGAUUGGCUCUGUCUUGCCAUUAGGGUCGUUGGGGUUUACAGCGAUGCAAGGGAUUCGAUUUUUUAACUGCUCGGUCCUUUUCUGUGGGUUGUUUUCUGGUAUUAGCUCGCACACGGCGAGGGCUUUUGUGGUGUUUGGAGCCGUAGUCCCGCCUGUGGGUUCUGUGAGGGGGUCCGGAGAGUGCAGCAAAGCGGUCGGGGAGAUUGUCGACAGGUGUGGGGUCCGAACCGGCUCAUGCGCCGUUUUGAGCGAUCUUAAAAAAUGUAUGGAUUUUAUGCAAGGUAUCUGUGUAUUGAGGAUUAUAUGUAGAAGUAGGG